CUCAGCCACAGUAAUAAUAACCUCCCAGGAGUAAAGGAUGCCCCCAUCUCUCUCAGUGUUGAGGAUUGAAAUGUCCAGCGCUCCAGAGUAGUCUGCAGACACAGCACCAUUAGAACGAGUCCUCCUCACUCAUUUUACGUUCUUCGGGGACUGCGCGCUUCCUCGUUGGCUCGCGUCGCGACGUUGCCGGGCAGAACCGAGUGCAGCCGAGCCAGUUCGGAAUUUUUGAGAGCGACCACCCGUUUCCCUCCCCCCCUCCCCCUUGUUCUGAACCCCCCCCGUCCCGUGGUCUGCUCGGUCCUCCGCCUCCUCCCCCUUUCGCCCAGCUACGUUAUCAGUUAGGAGUCCCCAGCAGCGGCACGGCGCAACCCACUGACAGCUGCGACUGACUCGAAGAGGGGGGCAAAGAUGGAGCACCGGGACGCCGACUUCAACAUCCUGCUCGCCACCGACUCCUACAAGGUAACGCAUUACAAACAAUACCCGCCCAACACGAGCAAAGUGUACUCUUACUUUGAGUGCCGCGAGAAGAGGACGGACCCCGGCAAAAGCCGAAAAGUCAAAUAUGACAAAACCGUCUUCUACGGCCUUCAGUACAUCCUCCACAAAUACCUCAAAGGAAAGGUAGUCACUCCGGAGAAGAUCCAGGAAGCCAAGGAGGUGUACCGGGAACACUUCCAGGAUGACGUUUUUAACGAGAAAGGGUGGACGUACAUUUUGGAGAAAUACAACGGCCACCUGCCGAUUGAAAUCAAGGCGGUCCCGGAGGGGAGCGUCAUCCCCCGGGGCAACGUCCUGUUCACGGUGGAGAGCACGGAUCCCGAAUGCUACUGGCUCACCAAUUGGGUGGAGACCAUCCUAGUGCAGAUCUGGUACCCCAUCACCGUGGCGACCAACUCCAGGGAGCAGAAGAAGAUCCUGGCCAAGUAUCUUCUGGACACGUCCGGGAACUUGGAAGGGCUCGAGUACAAAUUGCACGACUUUGGCUACCGUGGCGUCUCGUCGCAAGAGACUGCGGGCAUCGGCGCCUCUGCUCACCUGGUCAACUUCAAGGGCACGGACACAGUCGCUGGCAUCGGUGUGAUUAAGAAGUACUAUGGAACCAAGGACCCGGUGCCAGGGUUCUCUGUACCUGCUGCAGAACAUAGCACCAUCACUGCGUGGGGCAAAGACCACGAGAAGGACGCCUUCGAGCACAUCAUCAAGCAGUUCCCCAGCGUGCCCGUCUCCAUCGUCAGCGACAGCUACGACAUCUACAACGCCUGCGAGAAGAUCUGGGGCGAGGACCUGCGCGGGCUCAUCGAGUCGCGCAGCGCCGACGCGCCGCUCGUCGUGCGGCCCGACUCGGGGAACCCCCUCGAUACGGUGCUGAAGGUUUUGGAGAUCCUGGGUAAGAAGUUCCCGGCGGAGGAGAACGCCAAAGGAUUCAAGGUGCUGCCUCCGUACAUCCGAGUCAUUCAAGGAGACGGAGUGGACAUCAACACACUACAGGAGAUCGUGGAGGGGAUGAAGGAGCACCGGUGGUCCAUCGAAAACGUCUCCUUUGGCUCCGGCGGCGCUCUGCUGCAGAAACUGACCCGAGAUCUGCUCAACUGCUCCUUCAAAUGCAGCUACGUGGUCACGAACGGACUCGGGGUGAACGUGUUCAAGGACCCCGUGGCGGACCCCAACAAGAGGUCAAAGAAAGGACGCCUGUCUCUGCACCGGACUCAAAGUGGGGAGUUUGUCACCCUCGAAGAAGGCAAAGGUGACCUGGAGGAAUACGGAGCGGACCUGUUGCACACCGUCUUCCAGAACGGCAAGAUUGUGCAGACGUACACGUUUGACCAAGUCAGAGACAAUGCCAAGCUCAAGGAGAUUGCGUGGACACCAGUGACAAUGUAG